GACCAGCUGGCCGCCGCUCCGAGGGGCGCUGCUGCAGCAGCGGUGCCGCCGCGAUCGGCGGAGGGCCCGCGGGCAGCCGCUCCCGAGGCCUCGGCAGCGGCGCCGUCGACCGCUGCAGGCGGCCGGAGCUUGCGCCCGCGGCAGCCGUACGUCGUGCGGAGGCACCUGGAGCUGUGGGGCUUCACUGCUGGCUGCGGCCGCUGCCGGGACAUCGAGCAGGGCACGGAGGUGCUCACAACGGCGCCGCACAGCGCUGGCUGCCGGGCCAGGAUCGGAGCGAUGCUGCGGGGCGCGGCGGGGGCAGGCGACGUCGGGGGGUCGUUCGCCAAGGCCGCAGCCGAGGGGGGGCGCGGCGGUGGCGACCAGGACGGGCAGCAGAGCAGGGCCUCGCCAGGCGACGUCGAGGCGUUGCUCGCCAACGCUGCGGCCGCGGGGAGGCGCGGCGGUGGCGACCAGGACGGCCUGCCCCCGCCAAGCGCGUCCGCCGCCAGCCGGAGUUCUACCGGCCGUCGUGAGGGCGGCCGUCUGAGGCCGCAGCGCCCCCGGCGGGCAGCCCGCGAUGCCCGGCGUCCGCCGCGGCGGGAGGGGUCGUGCCAGCGCGGGGCGAGGCCAGGCCUGUGCGGGCCUGUGCAGUCGACCCGCACAGGAAGGAUGGGCAGCCUCCCCAAGGGUGCCGUUGCAUCCUUCGCCACAUCACUUCCUCACGCAGCCUCCUCCGUCCUCGAGCACGGGCGAUCCAGCUCUCUGCAGGGGACGCUGGCCGGCGCGGUGCCGCGUUGCCCAGCCCUGAUCGGCCAGUGA